ACACCUAAUGAUAGGAGAUUAAAAUUUGAGUUUCAAUUUUAGCCUCGAAUGUCGAUUAAAAUUUUCAAUUUCAGCCGUUAUUACAGCGAUUACAAGCCCGAUCAACGGGUCAGAAAAUCGAAAUGGUAGGGAGGGGGAAUAAAGCUUUAAAAUUCUGCAUACAAAAAGGAAGGGGCAAAAUGGAGAAUUCACUAAUGCCACGUCAUGUAAUUGGAAAAUUGGAAAAAAUAAAAAAGCACGCGCGUGAAGAUCCUAUAAAGUCUCUCUUUCCUGUUCCUUCUUCCACCUUCAGUUCUGCUCUUCAAAGCGUGCCUUCUUCCCUCUCAUUAGUAAUCUCCGUUCUCUCUCCUCUCACUACUUUCUCUCUCUAGAACCGUUUCAAUCAAUUGCUUUGUUAAUCUACAUUGCUUUUCCUGUUCAUCUUCGAUUCAGCAAAAUUCCUGGGAAUUUAUAUAGAGAAAGAAAAGUAGUAUUGAUCCAAUUAUGUGUAAUUAGUUUUCUUUUCCAACUGUUUCUGUCACCUUCCAUGGCAGCUUUUGAACCUCGAGAAGGAGACAAGAAAGAGAUGAAACACAGCUCCGAACCCUACUUCUUGUGUGCUAUUAUACUGUGACGGAGCAUUCCGCCAUUGUCGUUUUCUCUUCUUCAUUUAUCAUCAUUUCGUUUCGGUUUCCCAUUCUUGAUUGGAUUUUUAUUUCUUCUUGUUUUUUUUCUAUUUUUGGAAUCAUGAGCGGGGAGGAAGUUAGGGUGAGAGGUGAGAGGUUUAGGAAUGGAGGAGGUAAUGUUCAGUCAUUUUCUUCGAGUUUGCUUGAUGAAAUCUAUCGUUCGAUUGACGAUGGAGGUGAUAAGAGAAGUGGAGAAUUGAAAUUUUACAGACAGAAAGUGUUGAAGAAGCAAGGUAAAACGAUCGGGAAAGCGACGAGUGAUGUUGAAGAUGAGGAGAUUGCGAGUCUUCAUCGUGCUUUGUUGAUUGAGAGAUGGAUCGAGAAGAAGGUUGCUGAAAAGGUGAGCGCUCAAAGGAGACGAUCUCUGACGGAAGCUGAGAUAAAAUUUCAGUUGUACCAGCAUGAUCGGGAAGAAGACGUUUUGUUCUUUAGUUCAACUUCGAGUUCUUCCGAUUCGAGUUUCGGCGGAUUUUCAUCUUCGGAUACUGAAUCAAUGUAUGGUUCGAAAUCUUUGACGCCGUCUUGUUUCGCAAAGUUCAGGCCGAAGCCGGUUCGGACCAGCGUCUCGGCUCCACCGCCGGAGAAGACGGAGGCAAAGCAGAGACAGAGUAGAGAGAAGCCACAGUCCAAACACAGCAAUCAAUUCGUUGAAAACAAAGAGAAAUCUGGAGGUUUCGACGAGAAUGCCAUGAUUAAAUCGAAAUCUAGGGCGUUGAAGAUUUACAGUAAUUUAAAGAAGGUGAAGCAACCGAUUUCACCAGGAGGACGCCUCUCAAGUUUUCUCAAUUCAAUCUUCACCGCAGGAACUCCAAAGAAGACGGGAAACUCCGUAUCAUCAACCAGCGUCUCUGAAGAUCCAAACUCAGAAAGAAAAUCAAAAUCCGGCCAAACUUCAACUUGCUCUUCCGCCGCAUCGUUUUCCAGAUCAUGUUUAAGCAAAAACUCGCCAUGCUCUAGCGAAAAAUUACGCAAUGGCGACAGAAGAACGGUUCGAUUCUAUCCAGUGAGUACAAUCGUAGACGAAUAUUGUAGACCUUGCGGACACAAAUCCUUAUACGAAGAAGAUCCUAAAUUCCAAAUCAAGAACAAAGCCGAAACCGCGGAAUCCACAACAGCAGCAGCCAGAAAAAUUUUAACAGAUUACCAGCAAGUCAAAAAGAAGAACGAUUUCCUGAUUAGAAAUUUUCACCAUCCGGACAAUGAUCUCUCCGAAGAAGAUGAAGACGAAACAGCAAGUUGUUCAAGUUCAGAUCUGUUUGAACUAGAUCAUCUGACGGUAAUGAACGGCGGCGAUCGGUACCGUGAAGAGCUUCCGGUGUACGAAACAACCACUCGUGUGGAUACAAAUCGAGCCAUCCGCCAUUGUUAAUUAGGUUUAAUUCCAUUAAUAAUAGGUAUUUAUUACGGUUAUUCAGCCAUAAAAUUUGUUAUAGUGAUAUGUUUGUUUGUUUGUUUGUUUGUUCUACUCGAUUGGGCAAUUUUUUAUGUUUAUUUUUUUAGGUUAAAGAUGAAACUAAAAGUGUGGAAAGGGUAAUUUUGAUGAUA